UAUGGGACAGCCUGCUGCAUCACGUGGAAAGCCUCGAGCAGGGAGGCCACGCUCUACAUCCUCGCCCUCUUCAUCUUCUGCUACCUUCUCCCCUGCCUCCUCAUCCUCGUCUCCUACUCGCUGAUCCUCUGGACGGUGCGGGUGUCCCGGAGAGCCGUCAGGCAGCACACGUCCCCCCAGCGCAGAGCCCGCAGCGUGCACAGCCUGGUUGUGAAGCUGAGCAUUGCCGUCUGCCUGGGGUUUCUGGCUGCCUGGACCCCUUACGCCAUCGUUGCCCUGUGGACAGUCCUCGGCGACGCCAGCCAGGUGCCGGUGCUGGCCUUCGUGCUGUCGGCCGUCUUUGCCAAGUCCUCAACGCUCUACAACCCCCUGGUGUACCUGCUCUUCAAGCCCAACUUCCAGAAGUUCCUCUCCAAGGACAUGGUGCUCCUCCAGGCCAUUCGCACCCUCCUCUGCUGCGGCUGCCCGAACGCCGCGCUCCAGCCCUUCCCAUCCCCGGGCUUCGGUGACCACCCUGGGGCUUGCAGAAACUGCAACGACACUUUUGAGUGUUUCAGUAACUACCCCAAGUGCUACAAACUCCCCCAGGCGCCCGGCAGCUCGCCCCGGCGCGCUCCCCUGGCUAUCCUGGCCGACGGGGCUGAUAGACAGCCGGGGGCGAAGCGGCAG